AAAAACACAAACUCGAAGAACAACAUGACUCUUCUGCCCUGUCCUCUCUCCUCUCUCUCAGUGGUAACCUCAAAGAGACCAGCAAGGCGAGGGUUUUAUUUAUGUUAGAAACCUUAGAAAAUAAAGACAAAACACUUCCGUUUUAGGGAGAGAGAAAGUUAAAAGAGAGAUAAUUCUUUAGAGAGAGAAACACACAAAAAAGUUUGAGUCUUGGAGCUGUGUCACUCACCAGCUAGGGUUUUAAUUUAAUUUUCUCCUUGUAUUAAUUUAUCAUCAAGAUAAUGGUGCCUUACCUUUACAACUGCUAUGCACUUUCUGCUUAAUGUUCUGAUGCUCUGGUGUAAGUCUCCUAGUGUCGGGACAGUAACAAAACACUUAUUUGGGAGUGGGAAUCCUGCAAAAAGGUUCUAAAAGCCACCGUGGCUCUUGAUGGAAAAGAGCAGAUUAUUAUGCCACAAGGACUUCUUCAAUGCUUGGAAGUGCAUGUAAUUCAUUAUGACUCUCGAAGAUUUCUUUACACUGACUGAGAUGAAGGAUGGGCUCGCAGUCCCAUCACGAGUCCAUGAGUUGGUUGCUGUAAUGAAGAAGGAGAAAUUUACUGUUGUGAAAAACAUUGGAGAUGCAACCAGGCAAUGGGCAGCUGUUGCAAGCACAGUUGCUGCUACAGAGAAUAAAGAUUGUCUUGAUCUUUUUAUUAACUUAGAUGGGCUGUUGUUUUUUGAUAGAUGGUUAAAGCUCGCUCAGAAGUUCAGUAAUGAAACAGCUGAAGGCUCUGUAGAAGAGUCAAUUACUGCAUUGUUAAGAGCGCUGGAAAAGCUGCAAAUAGACAAGGAGAGGUCUAUUACUUCAGGGGUCUGGGACACUGUCAAUAAUUUACUUGACCACAACAGUUCUCGGGUUCAGGAUAGGGCAAGGGCACUGUUCAAUAGUUGGAAGCCUGGUGAGGUUAGUGAUGCAAUUCACCAUGAUGUUCAGAGCGUUGGGGCAUUUGAUAAUGUUGGAAUGAAAGACAGUAACACUGGCAAAACUGAAUGUGUUGUUCUUGAUGUUCCCCUUUCAAACAGAAGGGCUGAUGUAGAAAACAAUGCUGCAGAACAAACUGGGGAUGAAAGUUUGCAAUCAAGAAGCUCAAAUUGUCUUCCAGCAGAAAGCACCCAGGAUGUACAAAUUCAAACAAAUGAUUGUGAUCAUCAAAAUUUAGACCAUAGAAAUUUGGAGAAUAGAACACAAGAUCCUCUCACCACCUCUGUGGAUAGAUCAUUAGAUCCCCAUUCCCCCCCUGUUGUGUCAACUUCUGACCAGGAAAGCCCAUCAUUCAAAGAAAAAUCCCAAGUGAGUAGUACUGUAGAAGGGGCUGCUUCUACUGAGACACGUAGUUUAGCAGUUCCAAGGGGACACACAGCUGAACCAGACUCGGAACCUCCAAAGAUGCUUACUGAUAAAUCAGCUGCCUCCAGUAACGUGGAAGCUGCAGUUAUUUCCUUGAGUAAUGUUGCUGGCAAUGCUCAGGAAAUUGUGACAGGAUCCGCUUUGCAAAAUAAUAUUGACACCAAAGAGGAUAAUUGCUGUCCAAGUGCAUCUGGUGAUGUGGCAGCACCUUUAUCUACAUCAAAGGUUGGGACAGAUGAAGUGGAGAAUAGAAAUCAAUGUCAAACACCGAUGUUUAAUUCUACUGCCAAAGAUGGUGAAUUUUCUCCUGACCCUUCACAACACUUGUCUGGCAACAAGAGUGUGUUGGAAAAACUUGACAAUUUAGGGAGUCUCUAUCCACGGAUGGAAGACAUUGCCAGUGAUGAUGAUAGAGAACAUGGCAGUGAUGGAGCUGAGGAUAAUUCUGAUUUCUCUAAACCAACCACAGAUAAACGGAGUCCAGAUUUGAUUGACAGAAGAAGAUCUAAUAUUGAGCUUGAGUAUGGCAUAGUUGAUGCUCUUGAAGUUGCUCGACAAGUUGCUCAAGAAGUAGAGAGAGAAGUUGUAGAUUUCAGAGAACAAUCCUGUAGCUCAUCUUCGGAGAAAAUCAUGGAAAGUGGUAUUAAGCAGCCAGGUAGCCCAGACUCCAUAAAUGCAAAACAGGAUCUAUCCACUGAGAUCCCUCCUGAAAACGUGCCAACCAGUCAAAAUCAGCCUUUUGAGACACAUGCUGAACAAGAGGGGCGCAUGAUUGAUUCAAAUAAUCAGGAAAAUGAAGCAGAGAAUGGCAUGCAUGACCUGGAGUCCUCUCAGGUUACUGAAGUGGCCCAAGAACCAGAAGUUAACACAGAGAAAGGCUUUUGUGAUUUUGAUCUGAAUGAAGAAGUCUGUUCUGAUGACAUGGAUCGCCCCAUGAAUACCAUCUCCACCCCAAUUUCUGUUGUUUCAGCCUCAAGACCUGCAGCAGCUUCUGGAUCACCUGCAGCUCCUUUGCGGUUUGAGGGGACUCUUGGAUGGAGAGGUUCUGCAGCUACUAGUGCUUUUCGUCCAGCUUCCCCGCGCAAGACUUCUGAUGGGGACAAGACACUUGAGACUGGGGGUAGCGGCAACAGUUCAAAACGAAGGCAGGUUUGCUUUGAUAUUGAUCUCAAUGUGGCUGGGGGUGGAGAGGAGAAGGUUAUGGAUUUGAUUUCGUCAAGACAAAUGCCAGUCUCAUCAGGCUUCCAUUCCGGGGAAUCUUCUUUGGAAGUGGGUUCAAGAAGACCAGAGAGACCCAACCUGGAUUUAAAUCGUACCAGUGAUGAUGGUGAUGCGACACCGACAGAUUUGAGAUUGGAGGGACGGCUCUUUUACCAGUGGAAUGGCCAUCGCAGUCCAUCUCCUGCUUUGUCAUCGUCUUCAAGGCAGCCUUCAAUGAGGAACUUUGAUUUGAAUGACAGUCCUUUCUUUCAGAACGACUCCUUGGAUCAAGGGCUCUAUCAUAGCAAGACUUCCCAAACUGCAAGUGCUUAUGGAGGACCUGAACCAGGUGAUCCUGUUAUUUCUAUCAUGGGUACUAGAGUAGAAGUGGGGAGUAGAAUGGAAGUUGACAGAAAGGGUUUUAUUCCUCAGACUCCAUCCAUGCCAAAUGGCAAGCCUCUGGAACAUGCAAUGGACGCUAAUCUUACAAGAAUGGGAGCUGUUUUGGGUAUUGUCCCCUCUGUGUCAUACACGCACUCUCCUGUUUUUGGGUUCAAUGCACUGGCAACAGCACCUGCCAUGCCCAUCUCUUCGGCCAUGUAUGGCCCUACUGGCUCAAUCCCUUAUAUGGUGGAUUCAAGAGGAGCCCCUGUCAUGCCUCAAAUAAUGGGCUCUACACCAGCUGUUCCUCCUUACUCCCAGCAACCAUUCUUCAUGAGCAUGAGCGGAGCACCCCUAGGUUUAAAUGGUGCUGGGCCCUCACGGCCUAGCUUUGACUUAAAUUCUGGUUUUACGAUGGAAGGGGGAAGCAUAGGUGGUUUGCGGCACCUACUCAUGCCUGGCCAAGGCAGCUCACAGCCUUCUUCAAGCUCUGGGGUGGGUGGGAAAAGGAAGGAACCGGAUGGUGGGUGGGAACCCACUUGAUCUUUACAACAUAAGCAUCCUCAACCUCCAUGGAGAUAGAAACUUCCUCAUUGUCAGCGUGCCAACUCCUGGAAUCAGUUGAUAAGUCUGAUCAAGCUGGUUCAUACUUGGAUUGCAAACGAUAAUCCGGCAUCCUAAGCUGAUUGGCCUAAGUGAGGGAAGCAGAAUAAAACCGGGGGCAUUGUGAAUGUAAAAUGAUUCAUGAGAUUAAUAGCUGAAGCAGGAGAAAAAAAGAAGAUUAGGGUUUUUAUUUGUUCUUCAUUUUGGUUAAGUUUCUUACUUCUCUUCUGUGUUUUAUAGAAGGCAAUUGCAAUCAUAGAAACUUUGGUACAUGUAGCUGUAAUUUAUCUUCGUCACAUAGCACAGAAAUUUAAAGGAACUAAUUGUCUUUAGCUUCA